CUAAGCACGCCGUAACAGUGACCAUAUCGUGUUGCAAGCCAAAAAGCAUUAGUUGACCGCGCCUAGGAAGCAGAUAUUUAGAAAAUAGUUGCACAUAGUAGCCGAAUUGAACUUUUAACUGAUUUUAAAUUGAUUAAUUUUACUUAGUAUUUUUUAUUUUUUGUGAACAAUUACUGUACAGCCCAAUUUAAUAAUGAAUUAUCGUAUAAAAAUGCAUAAACUUUAAGUCAACAAUCAAUGAGCUAAAAUAGUAGUAUUCUGUAUUCCAUCGAAUCGAUAUCGUUUCGACUUUCUUACAACAAACUGAUUAGAAUUCGAAUCAUAAGUCCAUACAGGCGGUUAUCUCAGUGUCACAGCAGAACAGCAUAAAAUCCAUAUAGACAAAAAAAUAGGAAAAAUGACGACGGUAAUUGCAAACUUGGUGCAUGGCUACAGAGAUGUUAUCGACAAUAGGUCUGAUCCUAGGGUUAAAGACUGGCCAAUGAUGAGUAGUCCACUUCCGACAAUGGCAAUUUGUCUAUUUUACGCUUACUUUUCUAAGGUUUUGGGACCCAAACUAAUGGAAAAUCGGAAACCCUUUGACUUACGAAGAAUCCUAAUUGUUUAUAAUUUUAUUCAAACGAUAUUUUCUACAUGGAUUUUUUAUGAGUAUUUAAUGAGCGGAUGGGCGAGAGGUUACAGUUUUAGAUGUCAACCAGUAGAUUAUACGAAUAAUCCUAUGGCUCUUAGGAUGGUAAACGUUUGCUGGUGGUACUACUUCAGCAAAUUUACCGAAUUUUUUGAUACGUUAUUUUUUAUUCUAAGAAAGAAAAAUCAACAAGUCUCAACUCUUCAUGUAAUUCAUCACGGUGUGAUGCCUUUUUCAGUGUGGAUGGGAUUAAAGUUUGCGCCGGGUGGUCACAGCACCUUCUUUGCUCUUUUGAAUGCUUUCGUUCAUAUAGUAAUGUAUUUUUAUUACAUGAUAGCAGCUAUGGGCCCCGAAUAUCAAAAAUAUAUUUGGUGGAAGAAGUAUUUAACUACUUUCCAAAUGGUUCAAUUUAUUCUAAUAAUGAGUCAUCAAUUCCAAUUGCUCUUCAUUGAAUGUGACUACCCACGCAGUUUUAUGAUCUGGAUUGGACUGCAUGGUGUAUUGUUUCUUGGUCUAUUUUCUGACUUCUAUAAAACCAAAUAUACCUCGACUAAACAUAAAACAAAACAAAAUAAUAACAACAAUGGCACCUGUAUGCCGGUUUUAGACGACAAUGAAUACAAGGUACAGCAGAAUGGAAAUUCCAUAUACACAUCAACUAUAUAUAAAAAAGGAUACAAUAAUUCUUACACCAAUGGCACCAAUAACGGCUACGCUGCCAACAAUAACACUGAGAAAAAACUUGCUUAGGUUUGGCUUUCAAGUGUCAAAAUUUCGAUACAAAAAAUAUUUUUUUUUGACGAUUACAAAUAAUGUAAAGCCGUUUGUUUAUUUUAUUUACUUGAACUGUUGGUGUCCACGAUAAAAUCGUGUCAAUAUCGACGCACAUAUUAAUUUGUUGCGUGUCUGUUGCCUUGAACAGGCUCUAAAAACUAGUUUUUAUUAUUUUGUGUCUCGUAAAACAGAGUGUACAUGAUAUGGGUGAAUGAGCAAAUGAUGAACAAGUGUAUGAAUGAUGGUGUGUUAGUUUUGAUAUGUUGUACAGUUUAUUCAUGAAAUGCGUAAGUGCAAGAAUAAUAAUUUUCAAAAUUAAGAAUAGUAUUUAUACGAUAUAGAUAAAUGUUCUGUUACAGAAUAAUUAAUGAUUUACUAAAUAAUUAACAAAGAAAGUCAGACUAUGGUCAACGUUGUUGUCACUUGUGAAUUAUUUAAAACAAAACGUUCCGACUUAAAAAACGUUGUCUCCUUAGCGGAUCUGAAUUACGGUAAUUUAUCGCAUGUUGAGUUAUUUGACCGUAAAAAUACGUCAAAUUUACCGCAAAUCACGGUAGUUUAUGAUAUUUUACGACAAUAUAUGUUAGUAAACAGUAAAUUGCGGUAUUUUUACGGCAAAUUUGCGGUAAUUUUAUUGCACUCUACCUUAAUUUACCGCAAAAGGUGGCAAAUUUACCGAAAUUUGCGGUGAUUUAUGAUAUUUUAAGGAAAUUCGCGGUAAUUUACGGUGGUGUAAAGUGAAUAACGGUAUUUCUAAGGUAAAAUUUUCGCAAUUUACGGUAAUUUAUUGCACUUUGGCUUAAUUUACCGCAAGGUGGGGCAAAUUUACCGCACUUUGCGGUGAUUUAUGAUAUUUUGAGGAAAUUCGCAGUAAUUUACGGUGGUGUUUAGUAAAUAACGGUGUUUCUAUGGCAAAAUUGCCGCAAUUUACGGUAAUUUAUUGCAGUUUCACUUAAAUCACCGCAAGAUGUGGCAAAUUUACCGAAAUUUUCGAUGAUUUAUGAUAUUUAAGGAAAUUCGCAGUAAUUUGCGGCAGUAAAAAGUAAAUUACGGUAUUUCUAUGGCAAAAUUGCUGCAAUUUACGGUAAUUAUUGAACUUUAACUUAAUUUACCGCAAAAUAUAGCAAAUUUACCGCAAUUUGCGGUGAUUCAUGAUAUUUUAAGGAUAUUUGCGGCUGUGUAAAAUAACUUACGGCAUUUCUAUGGAAAAAUUGCCGCAAAUUGCGGUAUUUUACGGCAAUUCACAAUGAUUCGCAGUAUUGUACCGCGAAUUACGGCAUUUAUACGACAAACUGCCACAAUUUUCGGUAAUUUACGACAAUUUACCGUAAAUACGGUUUGUUUUCUUUACAGUCUUACCAGUGCAAUACUUUACUUUACGAUUAAAUACCGCAAGCUUGCCGCAAUUUUACGGUAAAUUGUCAUUCUCUUACUGCAAAUUUACGGUAAAAAACAUCGGACGUCUGCCGUAAAAUACCGUACAUGUACCGUAAUGAUUCAAAAUACCGAAAAUUACAGCAAAUUACGUUAAUUUACCGUAAUUCGGAUCCGCCAGGCUAAAUGUGGAAUACCGUAUCCAUGACAUGGAUUUAUAAAAUUACUUAAGUGCAAAUCAUUAACUCCAUUAACUUCUAAAGGUAAAUAAAACAAAGGUGAAUAAUAUAAAAUAAGUUAUCUACAAGUCAACGUAGUGAUCAAAACAAUUUCAUAAAAACGCACAAACACGAGAGUUUAGAUAGAGAAAAUAAAAUAAAAUAUAUAAGAAAAUAAUGCGGUGUCUAUCCAAUUUAUUGUUAUUAAAUAUUUAUAUUAUAUUCCAAUGUGUUCAGAGCUUCGAUAUUUAAACCUGACUAUUAAACAAAAACGUAAUUUAACAAUAAAAUAAAGUUUUUUAAAUAUUUCUAACAGUUAUGUUAAUCAUAUUAAUCGCGUAAUUUAUAUUACUAGUAAAAAACAACAGUAGCUUUUUUUUAACUUGACUUUGAAACAAAUUUCUAUAAAUAGGUUCCAUUUAGAGAAUCUUUUGUGAAUGUAAUUGAUAAAAACACUGUCCAAGGUGUUGCCUGCGUUUUUUUCCACCAGCUAUCGAAUCACAAAUUUUUUAUAUAUUAAAUCGAACUUUGUAUGAUAUUAUUUAGCAAGCAUUUAAAAAAAAUUUUAACUUGAUUUUUGGACUUGUCUACUGACUGCUAAACGAAUUGAUUAUUAAUCUCACGACUAUUAAGAGGCUGUUAUUUUUAAAGCCUUUUACUGCUAAUAACUUUUUUCCCGACAAUUUUGAACUAUACUGUAAUUAUUCUUUUAUUGUUAUUGAUAAAAAAAUAUCCAUACAUUAAUUUUAUAUAUAAAGUAUCCAGAAAUAUUAAAAUAAACCGGAAAAAAAUGUUUUGUAAAUAAGAAUUGAAAUUUUAGAUAUUUACGAUACUGAAUUUAGCCAACGUCUAAUAAUUUUUGGAUUUUUUUUUUAAAUGAUAAAUUAUGAAAAAAAAAAUAUUAAAAAAAAUUGCACUUGUAGUUUUUUUAAUUUCCUACAUGUGCAUAUUUUUAGUUUUUUUUUUUAAAUUUACUUGUGGAAAAAAAAAUCCGAAAAUUGCUAGUCUAUUAACUUCAGGAUCAUAAAUUUAUGAUACUGAGCUUAGCCGACGUCUAAUAAUUUUUGGAUUUUUUUUAAAACGAUAAAUUAUUCAAAAAAUUGCACCUGUAGUUUUUUUAAUUUUCUACAUGUGCAUAUUUUUUUUUUUUAAUUUACUUGUGGAAAAAAAAAUCCGAAAAUUGCUAGUCUAUUAACUUCAGGAUCAUAAAUUUAUGAUACUGAGUUUAGCCGACGUCUAAUAAUUUUUGGAUUUUUUAAAAACGAUAAAUUAUGAAAAAAAAAAAAUUGCACCUGUAGUUUUUUAAUUUUCUACCUGUGCGUAUUUUUUUUUUUUUUAUAAUUUACCGUCUAAAAGAAAAUCCAAAAAUUAUUAGACGUCGGCUAAUUUCAGUAUCAUAAAUAUUUUCAUUCUUAUAAACAAAGUUCACAAUUGCUAAUAAAAUUAAAUGCUUUAAUUUAACAUAUGUAAAAUUUUUCUUAUUAAAAUUCUUUUGUAUAAAAAAAAAAAAAAAAAAAAAAAAAAAAAGUUUAAGUCAUAGCUAUUUACAUUUUUUGUUUGUAAAUAUUUUCAUGCUAAAUAUUUAAAAAUUAAUAUGUGAGUAAUUCGAUUAUUAAAGUGAUAAAAUAUUAUUAAAUUUAAUUUAAAAUAUAAAUUUUAUACGGUUACAGUUUUCUAUUAAGACUAUCGUCUUGCCUUGGAAUUGUUAGAUCACUGUGAGCAAUUAACUAAAGAAAAUAAUAUUUCAAUUGAAAGUACGUUUUUUUUUCUUGUUUUUUUUUUUAUUUUUUUUUCUACCAAAUGGUACUGAAGUUAGCCGACGUCUAAUAAUUUUCGGAUUUUUUAAGACGCAAAUUAUAAAAAAAAAAAAUAUUUAAAAAAAUUGCACUUAUAGUCUUUUUAAUUUUCUACAUGUGCAUUUUUUCAGUUUUUUUUUUUCUUCAAAUUUAAUUGUUCGAAAUAAAAUCCAAAAAUUUUUAAUUGUCUGUUAACUUCAGAAACAUUUAUACCAAACAAAUGCUUAACACCUCAAAGUCUUGAUCCUCGUCUGGUGUAUAAUUGUUAUAAAAAAAAAAAAAAUUUUAAUAUACUAGAAUGUCCUGUGGACAAAGAUAUAAAUUGAUUUAUUACAUAAAUUCUUCACUAUGGAUAAUAUAGGCUCUUAUUACUUGUAAAUAAAUGUAAUUAUCAGUAUCCAAGGUAAUUAUUGAUAAAAAAAAAAAAAAAAUUGUUAAAUUGAUGAGGAAAAAGACUCAAAAAAAAACAGCGUUGUCAUGUACCUAAUGUUAAAUUUUAAUAAUUACUGAUUCUCAUUAUAUUUUUGUACAUAAUUGAGAAAAAAAAGUUAUACCGAAGGAAUAAAUAAAAAAAUUAAAAUAUUGAAACGAUCCAAAUAUAAA